AUCAUACACAUUCCACUGAAUACAUUGUUCCUCCCGUUCUCUCCGAGUCUCUAUCUUGUUCCUGCAGUAGCCGAUAAUACGGUUGGUACAGUCGGGCUGCAAUUCAGGCAUCUGGCUUCUUUGGAUCUCUGAAACCUCUGGUUUUGCUGAAGCUGCAGCCCAGUUUACAUGGAAGACGAAGGCGGUGGUGGAGGGAUUGAAGAGACCAACUCCAGAUUGAUGGGCAGUAGUGGUGGAGAGUCGAGGUGGGUUGAUGGGAGUGAAAUGGACUCCGACUCACCUCCAUGGUCCUUGUUUGGCGAUGAUGAGGGCAGAGAGGGUUAUGGCUCUAUCAGGAGGAGGCUUGUCAAGAAGCCGAAAAGAGCUGAUUCUUUUGAUGUUGAAGCCAUGGAGAUCGCCGGCUCUCAUGCUCACGAUUCCAAGGAUCUUUCUGUUUGGCCCACUCUUGCGUUGGCAUUCCAAACACUUGGUGUGGUGUAUGGUGAUAUGGGCACCAGCCCUUUAUAUGUCUUUUCUGAUGUAUUUAGCAAGGUGCCCAUUGAAUCAGAGGUUGAUGUUUUGGGUGCUUUGUCUCUAGUAAUGUACACCAUUGCUCUUCUCCCUUUUGCAAAAUACGUAUUUAUAGUGCUCAAAGCUAAUGACAAUGGGGAAGGAGGAACAUUUGCCUUAUAUUCUCUGAUUUGCAGGUAUGCAAAAGUUAAUAUGCUACCAAAUCGUCAAGUAGCUGAUGAACAGAUCUCCAGUUUUCGCCUCAAACUGCCCACUCCAGAGUUGGAAAGGGCUUUAAAUAUAAAAGACAGCUUGGAAAGGAGAUCCUCUUUGAGAACCCUCCUCUUGUUGUUGGUUCUAAUGGGAACUUCAAUGAUAAUUGGGGAUGGCAUUCUAACCCCAGCAAUGUCAGUCAUGUCUGCUGUGAGUGGUCUGCAAGGUGAAAUACGGGGAUUUGGUACAAAUGCUGUGGUUCUUGUCUCAGUCAUAAUCCUGGUGGGAUUGUUUAGCAUACAGCAAUUUGGAACUAGUAAAGUGGGUUUCACAUUUGCUCCUGCACUUGCUUUGUGGUUCUUUUGUCUGGGAUCUAUUGGCAUUUAUAACAUAUAUAAAUACGAUAUUACUGUCCUACGAGCAUUCAAUCCAGCAUAUGUAUACUUGUUCUUCAAGAAAAACAGCACACAGGCCUGGUCAGCCCUCGGUGGCUGUGUUUUGUGCAUCACAGGAGCUGAGGCAAUGUUUGCUGAUCUAGGGCACUUCUCUGUACGAGCGAUUCAGAUUGCCUUUACUUGUGUUGUGUUCCCCUGCCUUCUCUUGGCUUACAUGGGCCAAGCUGCAUUCCUAAUGAAACACCCCCACUCAACAGGAAGGAUAUUCUAUGAUUGUGUCCCAGAUGGUUUAUUCUGGCCAGUCUUUGUGAUAGCCACACUUGCAGCCAUGAUUGCCAGUCAAGCCAUGAUAUCUGCUACAUUUUCAUGCAUCAAGCAAUCCAUGGCCCUCGGAUGUUUCCCAAGGCUGAAGAUCAUUCAUACCUCGAGGAAGCUAAUGGGUCAAAUCUACAUCCCUGUCAUCAACUGGUUUUUAAUGAUCAUGUGUGUAGUUGUAGUGGCCUCCUUCCAAAGCACCACAGACAUAGCAAAUGCAUAUGGGAUAGCUGAAGUUGGUGUAAUGAUAGUAAGCACUACCUUGGUGACGCUUGUAAUGCUUCUAAUCUGGCAGAUCAACUUGUUUCUUGCUCUGUGUUUCCCACUGGUAUUUGGAACAGUAGAGCUCAUCUACCUAUCGGCAGUUCUAACAAAAAUCAAAGAUGGUGGUUGGCUUCCACUUGUUUUUGCAUCUUGCUUCCUCUGCGUGAUGUACAUUUGGAACUACGGGAGCGUGCUCAAGUACCAGAGUGAGGUCAGGGAGAAGAUCUCCAUGGACUUGAUGCUUGAUCUAGGGUCCAGCCUUGGGACUGUACGAGUUCCAGGAAUCGGAUUGCUGUACAAUGAGCUAGUCCAAGGCGUUCCCUCCAUUUUUGGGCAGUUCCUACUGAGCCUUCCAGCCAUCCACUCUACCGUAGUGUUUGUUUGCAUUAAGUAUGUCCCAAUCCCAGUUGUCCCUCAAGAGGAAAGGUUCUUAUUUCGAAGGGUUUGUCCUAGAGACUACCAUAUGUUCCGUUGUGUUGCUAGAUAUGGUUACACAGAUAUCCGGAAGGAAGAUCACCACUCAUUUGAGCAACUUUUAGUUGAAAGCCUCGAGAAGUUCUUGAGAAGGGAAUCUCAAGAUCUUGCCUUGGAAAGCAAUUUAAACGAGUUGGAUUUUGAUAGUGUUUCAGUGAGGUCAAGGGACAGUGACACAGCAGGGGACGAUCUUAGGAUUCCAUUGAUGUGGGAUCAGAGAUUGGGAGAAGCGGGAGAAGCAGGAACUUCUUUGUCAGGAGAAACCACCUCAGGAUUGCCAUCAGAUGAAGAUCCAAGCUUGGAGUAUGAGCUUUCUGCUCUCAAAGAAGCAAUGAAUUCAGGAUUUACUUAUUUGCUUGGGCAUGGUGAUGUAAGGGCCAAAAAGAAUUCUUGGUUCAUCAAGAAACUGGCCAUAAACUAUUUCUAUGCAUUCUUGAGAAGGAACUGCAGAGCUGGAACAGCCAAUCUGCGUGUUCCUCACAUGAAUAUCAUGCAAGUUGGGAUGACAUACAUGGUCUGAUCCCCCUUCUCAUCUGUAUUAGCCUGCCAUGGGCUCUUGUAUUGAAACCUUCCUGGUGUUACUUUCCCUUCUUCUAAAUAUUAAAUGAGAAUGCUAUUUAAAUAAAAA